AUGGACGCAUCCAUUGGGAGAAAGGCGGAUACAGUAAUAAUUGCCUCCUUCGCUCCUCCCCUAUUUUUUAAUUUUAAUUUAUCAAUCCCCAUGAAUCCUUCUUCUGAUUCCGCUGGCCCCAGUCGCCAUGGAAAACGACCUAUGAUUCAUCUAUUCUCCUCUUCUUCAUCGGAAUCAUCAUCUUCCUCGUCGUCAUCGGAGGGAAGGAGAUAUGCCGCCGCCGCCGCCGCCGCCGCUGAGGAGGAAGAUAAAUCUACGGCUACACAGCCGGAAUGCUAUGUUUGUGGGCGGCGGUUCGGAAAUUUGAAGGCUCUGUUCGGGCACAUGAGAUGUCAUCCAGAGAGGGAGUGGAGAGGAAUUAGACCGUUGGCGGUCGGAGAAGAAGGUUCGAGAGGACGGAGAAGAUGGCGGCGCCGGACGAGUGAAGAAUCUGCGGCGGCGGCGGCGACGGCGGCAGGGGAAUACGCAUGUGGAGAAUGUGCGAGAGUGUUUGGCACGAGACAAGCGUUGGGAGGGCAUAGAGCGAGUCACAGGGGAGUGAUGGGGUGUAGUGCGAAGGCCAAGGAGACGACGGCUGCGGCGGGGGCGGCGUUGCCGGACGUGAGGGGAGGAGGAGCAGGAGAUGGGAGGACGUUUUUUUGCCAAGUGUGUGAACGACAGUUUGUCACUUAUCAUGGGAUGAGAGUUCAUCAGAGGGUUCAUCGUGAACGACAGGGAGGGGAAGCAGAGGGUAGGAGAGAGGAAAGAGGGUUCAUGGUUGAUCUGAACCUUCCGCCGCCGCCGGAGGUGGCGGAGGAGGAAGAUAAGCCAGUUGCAAACGAGCAGUGA